CCAUCCAUUCAUACCAAUUAUAUUUUGAUAAAGAAAAAUGUUACUUUCUUUUUUUUUCGAAGGCUUGAGAACUUAUCCUAAUGCUGUCAAAGAUUAAAUCAUAAAUCAAGGGCUUUUUGAGAUAAACCUAGUUGACAACAGACGAAUAGAAUAUAUGAUGAAAACGAUCUAUGAUUAGAUAUAAGUACAACUUACACAUGAUAAUAAAUAACAUAGUUAGGGUGCACAAUAUUUUUCCAUAUAAAACUACUCGAACAUGCUGAGAAGGUAUCAGCAUGAUGAUAUAUAAUGAAACAUAUGGAAAUACAGAUGUACGAAAUAUGCUAUUUACUGUAGAGGAUAAUCAAUAUUCGUUCUAAAAUAGAAAGACACUAACUAAUUGGAUCUUAAUGUCUAUCAUAAAGAAAGAAUUAUGUUCUAAUUGAAAACUUAUGCACUAAAUAUAUUUCUACAGUUCGAAUAAUUUGAUUAAUAAUUUCCUGGGUUGUUUUUAGGCAAGUGAUAUUACUCCUAACAGAUAUCGUUUGUUUUCUUGCUUGUCAAGAAAGUAAUGGUAGAGAUCCAUUUGAUGUUCAAAUUUUAAAACCAAAUCGCGAACGACAAAAAUUAAUUCGUGAACAAAAUAUUCUUAAACAAUUAUUUCGUAUUCUUCGUUCAUUAAAACCACGUUUAGAACAAGAACGUUCAAAUAUGAAUGCAGCAAAUGCAUCAACAACACGUUCUGAUUAUCAUUUUACUCAACAUCAAAAUACAACAUUAGCGAAUAAUGAUUCAUAUAUAUUACCACAACAACAAGAUGCUGAUAUACGCUUUUCAACAACAUUUUAUCAAAUGAAAACAAUAUGUCGACUUUGUUAUCGCAUACUUAAACAUUGUCAACAGGAAUAUCGAAAAAAUCAAGAAACUAUUGCGAAAGAAUUUUCAUUUAUGCAAUCUCAAAUUGGUUUUGAUAUACUUGCUGAAGAUACUAUAACUGCAUUAUUACAUAAUAAUAAGAAAUUAUUAGAAAAACAUAUAACAGAAAAAGAAAUCGAUACAUUCGUUAAAUUAUUACGAGAAAAACGAGAUUGCAAAUUUCUUGAAUAUUUGUCAGAUCUAUGUGUAUCAAGUAAUCAAGCUAUAGCAAGAACACAAGAAAUGAUAUGUAAAUCUGUAUUAGAAAAAAAUUCGGAUAUUUUAAUACGAACAAAGUUUGUUUAG